CGCCUAGUGUUUACGUCAACCGAGAUUUUUAUGUAAGUGAAAUGUCAAAAUGGGAGUGAAAACUUAAAGAAAACAAUGUGAAAUUACUGUAUUUUUUAUUCUGAGAAUGAAAAGAAUCUACGUAAUGACGCUAUAAAAUAACAUCCGAAAUGUUUACCAAGAAAUCUCACCAAGAUGUUAAGAAAUCGACAGUUAAAAUACAGGACUCCAAAAAGGAUUCAGCAACCCGACUAAAACACUUAAAAAUCGUUUUAGAACAUUUUGACACUGAUGAAGCCAAAAACUACUUUGAAGGGAACUUCAGCCAUGUCUACUUUAUAUUGUACGACAACUUCAUACAAGCUGAAAAUAAUCUGCGGCAACGAGAACUUCCAUUUCAUCUCGUCCACAAAGCAGGCAGAGAGGAACUAGAAGGGGCAUUGUCCCUUCUAGACAAGGUAUUAUGUCUUCUGCCGGAGCUGAUCGGGAAGAGAUGGCAGUUACACUCAUUGACGAGAAUAUUUUCGAAACUCCUCCAUAGCGGGAAUUCACAGAAAUUAAGAGCAGAGGCUAUAAGAUAUUUCCUGCUAUGGUACCAAGCACUAGGUGACAAUGCUCCGAAUGAAGUCCAUAAAAUGUUCGCCACCCUCGUCCCUGGCAUGCCUGAGCCCGUUAUAUUACCAACUGGAUCUCCCCUUAAGCCAAACAUUACGUCGAACGACACCCACGGCUCUGGCGACUUCAGUAUAGAGGACAUUAUGCAUCAUCCGAACUUUAACUCUGCUGUAGAUAAUGCUAAGAAAGUUGUGGUAGAACAAACACCUACAGGUAUCAUGGGGAAACUCGCUAACGUGUCAGCUUCCAUAUUCCAUGAUACAAAUGCCCUGAACCCAGUCCAAAGUGUGGAGAUCCAACCUCUUCUACCGCCAAGUGCUAACGAAAAGGCCGUUGACAAUGAAACUAAAUAUUUCUUUGAAAUACUUCUCGACGGAAUGGCCACGUCGGUAACGAAGAUACAAUGGAGAGACAGAUGUCACGCAAAGGCAAUGAGAUGUUUCGCAUUUCUACUGGAGAAAUUCAAGAUUUAUUAUUUGCCUGUUAUAUGUCCUCAGUUUAAUGUCAAGAAUUCGUUGUAUAAGCCUAAUUUAGAACUGCCCGUCCAACACAACAUUCUAGAAGACGACUACGUACUAUGCCGAGUGACGUUAAUCAAAUGGGUGGCCAGCUACGCUCACUUCAUGAAGAAGCAGGGCAGUGACGGUGGCCAGCCUUCGUCCAUGACGAGUACGGGGUCGCAUCUGCCUCACUCGAACACCCCGACCCCGGCGACCUCGCUUCACCAUGAGGAGGAAACUUCGUUCACUGUGGGGCACCCGUCUGACUCCAGUAGAGCGUCGUCUCAUGAUUCCGCUUCUAAUACUCCGCAUCCCAGUUUGGAAUCAGGCUCAGGAGUAUUCGAAGAGCUAAGCUCAGAACUGGUAGUGCGCGACGUGCUAUGCUGUUCAUCGCGUGAACACGUGGACUUCACGAUAGAGGUGCUGCGGCAGGCGUUUCUACUGCCCUUCUCUCAUGCUGCCGCUGUGAGACGCGUCAUAGCGCUGUAUAAGGACUGGAUACAGAUGAAUGUAGCGGAAAUACCCCCAUUCCUAGUAGAGAACACGUUCGAACAGCAAGGAGGCGGGGAGCCGGCGAUACCGCCGCGGCGCCUGCGCAAUGACUCGUACUUGGGUGCUGUUGGACGGGACAAUGUUAUGGUGCGAGCGGGGUUGCAGAACGUGUUACAAAUAUUCAUGACGCAAGCGGCGAACGUGUUCCUAGCAUCAGCGUCGCCGGUGGCUCCUCCUGGCGCGUUGAGUCAACAACAGCUGUUAGAAGAACAGACAGACACGUGCAAGCGAGUGCUCAAUAUAUACAGAUAUAUGGUCAUGCAUGUCGCUAUGGAUGCUAAUACUUGGGAGCAGUUAUUGCUAGUUCUACUACAAAUAACUUCAUUGGUGCUAACGAAAGUGCCGCCUAAAAGGAAACAGGAGUCUUUAGGAGGUUUCCUAGCCCCGGCCUUAUUUCAAACUCUGAUAGUGACAUGGAUCAAAGCAAACUUGAACGUCGCCGUGAAGCCGGAACUGUGGCAGAACUUUAUGGAACUGCUCACUAGGCUGACGCACUGGGAGGAUCUGAUCAAAGAGUGGGCGAAAACAAUGGAAACCCUCACCCGCGUGCUAGCUCGUCACGUGUAUUCGCUGGACCUGUCGGAGAGUACGAGUGCAGAACGAGGCCGCGGCGGCAGGAGGGUGGCGGCUGCACCGGCGCCGUUACCUAGGCCUGCGCCCCAUCAUGCUGCUGCUGUGCUGACUACGCAUAGUACUAGGACUCCUGGAAAAUCACCAAAAUCCGGUCACGAGCCUCACCCUCGCAAGGAACCCGGCAGCACACGACGACAACUCACUAGAUGUCGCAGUGAUCCACAUUUGAGCAAACAUGCGCAAACGCACACGGAUACCAAAGAACCAGUAAACGAGAAAUCGAGGAGGUGGUAUUCUUUAGACUCAUUACGGAACUCGACACAUGAAGAGAGAGAUUCGGCUAGUGGUUCACGUUCACCCUCGCCCGCGCCAUCAAGCGGCGUAGAGAGUAGUUCUAUCAAAGAUUCACCGUUACAGAUCGAUUUGGCUUCCGAUGGCGGAAAUGUCGCAGAGUGGACGGAGAACGAGGCGGGGCUGGGCGGGCGGGAUGAAGGCGUGGGGGUGGUGAUGGGCGGGCGGGCGCGAGGCUGGCUGCCCGACGUGGCGGCUGUGCUGUGGCGCCGCAUGCUGGCCGCGCUCGGCGACCCCAACCUGCUGCGGGACCCGCAUGCCCACGCCAACCUCUAUAACUAUCUUAUACAUCUUAAUAGCACGCUGUUGAAGAUAAGUGCGAACCAGACUCUCAAUGGGAACACGGAGAUCCACGUGCCGUUCAACUUGGUGGCGGGAUGGUGUCUCGAGGCAGAGGCGCUGCCGCCCUCGCACAGAGCGGGCAAGCUCCUAGCACUACGCUUGUUAUGCGAGUCGACGCAAGCGCAGGGCCCGGGCGCGCCGUCCUCAUGCAACAACCGCCUGCAUCUCGCGCAUCUGCAUCUCUACCAGCGGGCGUUGCAUCAUGGUCUGACCGGCGAGGAUCGUUCAGUAGUGGACGUGCUAGUAGAGCACGCGGCGCCGCGCUACCUGUCCCUAGCGUUAGACGGCUAUUCCCUACUACUGCUGGACUUCGUACACGCCUCCACUGUGGUGCUCAACUCCUCGGACAUGGGGCCUACGUGUCCCCGCACGGCAGCGGUGACGUUCCUUGGCUCCCUGCUGUCGUUACCCGACGGCCUGAUGAAUGCGCCCAUGUUGCAGCCCUACCCGCACCAAUACAACACCGUGUCUUGUCCUGACCUUAAGGAGCAUGUACUCAACAUAGUAGUGCGAGUAUGCCGGCGGGAGGGCGGGGCGGCGGCGCGGUGCGCGGGCGCAUGCGCUCUCACCGCGCACGUGUGUCACCUGCUAGCGUCGCGCACGCACUGCGCGAGGCUGCCGGCCUACGUCACGUGUCUGCUGCAGAUGCUCAUGAUGAAAAAUAAGAACAUCGCGAAAGUGGUGAGCGACUGUAUCCUGGUGCUAGCUGAUUAUACGGACCGAAUUGUUGAAAUGUAUCCUGGGCUUGCCGGUAAAAUAAUCAAGUGGAUAUGCGCAUGCCUAGCGCAGAUCUCGCCAAGCAGCGCUCGGGACACAGUGAAGCCACUGGCGGGCUCGUUGCUGCUGUGUUUAGCCGAGUUCGCAGUCAGGUGCGGACCCAACUACCUGAUGCAGGAGAAGGAUGGAGAACAGUCGCUGUUGCUUAUGAUAUUUAAGGUGCUCUACGUAGUAAUGAAAGGUACUAACGGAUCUGAUAUCGAAGGCCUAUCCCUACCUGUCGACGAGGACUUUGACCCCAACAUUCAGCUGGACAACCUGGGACCCAAGACGUCCCCUUCCUCUACCAUAGACGUCAAACUAUGGGCACAAACGAUAUGCACGCAACUAGUGCUAUUCCUGGGCCACUGGCCUCUCUGGAACGGGUGGCAGGUAUCAUCGUCAGUGUGCGAGCAACACGACAGCCCCGCGCUGGGCGGCGAGCUCGGGCCCGCGGUGCUGUCGGCGCCGCACGUGCAGAUGUUGCGUCUCAGUGACGCCACUCUAGCGUCGCUUAUAGAGCUGCCCGCGCUCGAUAUGCCGGCUGCCACUACACCAGGCCUAAUGACGUCAGAGAAGCAAGUGCGAGUGCUACUGCGUGACAUCGCCGGCAAGGCGUGUUGGGAUGCAUCAGCGCUCUACUAUGACCCCUCUAUAGCAUCGUCUGAGACCGUGGAACCACUUGAAAUGCCUGACAGUAUGGAAUGUCCAAGAGACAACACUCUGUCGUCCCUCCCGCCGCCUCUGCCUCCGGAUCUAUUGCCAGACUACAAGAACUGCCCGCCCGAUAAACAUCAAUUGGAUCAUGUAUUAGCAUACAUCGGCCACACUUCCCCAGAGGUAGUGUGUGGCAGGCGACUGGACGAGGCGGGUCCGUCGCCGCUGCCGCCCGGCGCGGAGGACGAGCUCGUCGCCUCCUUAGUAGCUCACCGGAACAGUGAGCGACAGUACCUCGCCACCAGAGAUAGCCUCGAAGAAGAGGAGACGGUAUCCCUCUGGUCCCGCGCGUCGUCGCGUCCCUUCGGCGUGUGUCGCGCACUGGCGGCGCAGCUCGGCACGCUGGCACCGGCUAGACGCACUCACGCGCAUCUGCUGCGAAGGACUGAUCGGUUGUUGAGGGAGCUCAGGAACUUGGAUGCGCAGAGAUGUCGCGAAACGCACAAGGUAGCAGUGAUAUACGUGGGCAAGGGUCAGGAGACGCGCAAUGAAAUACUCUCCAAUAGGUGCGGCAGUCCCGCGUAUGAAGCGUUCCUUGCUGCACUGGCUUGGGAGGUGGAGUUGGAAAGUCACGUAGGCUUCACGGGCGGUCUGCGCGGCGGCGGCGGCGGCGGGGUGUCGGCGCCCUACCUCGCCAGCCUCACGUUAGAAGCACUGUUCCACGUCGCCACGCGCAUGCCUGCCGACUCGCCUGAUGCUAUACUUAAUAAGACUCGACACCUGGGUAACGAUGAAGUCCACGUGGUGUGGAGCGAGCACUGGCGGCCCUAUAAGCGCGACACGCUGCCCACGCAGUUCUGUGACGUGCUCAUAGUGCUGUACCCUCUGCCCGGCGGCCUGCUGCGCUGUACCGUGUCGCGGAAGCCGGACGUGUGCGUAUUCGGCCCGCUAUGGGAAGAAUGCAUCAUCCGCGUGAGCUGCGUGGCCGCCCUGGUGCGCGGCGCGGCGGUGGCGGGCGGGCGCGCGGUGCGGGCGGGCAUGGCGCUGUACCAGCACGCCUACGCCGAGCGCUCCCGCGAGCUCGACGCGCUCGUGCGAGCUCACACGCUCCCCUCCACCUUCGAGACCUUCGUGGAGCGGCUCCGCGACCCCGUCCCUGCCACCCAGCCGCACGAUCAAGGCACGGGUCGGCUGGCGGCGGCGUUGCUGGACCACGGCGCGAGCGCGUGGGCGGGCAGCGGCGACACGCACGGGGUGUCCCCGCGGCCCUCCAAGCGCCUCGGCCCCUUCAAACGGCCCCCGCACAACGCGCACCCCGCCCCACAUACAGCGCCGCCCCUAACCGCCCCGCCCCCGCUCUCCGCGCCCUCCUCCGCUCCUCGUCGCAACCGGUGAGCAAGCCCUCACGUCGCCAGCUUUCUACAUCCUCCGAUAUCAGCCAACGCAGUCUCCGGCAGUCGUACUUAGCUUCGGCAAAGAUUCACACGGCGAAUACUCAUACAUUCACUAUGUAAUUGUACGGGCUUUUAGGACGUAACAAACCUGUCCAAUGCGUUCUUCAUAUAGCAUUGUCGGUGCUCGAGAGUCACAGGUGGCUCACUACAUCCAAACGCUAAACGCUAUGGUGCAUAACUCGUUACUUGUAGUACUCGAGAUAUUGUUAGACUUGAUCUGUUUUUACCUGACACUUUUAUAGAUCGAAUACAAUUACACUCUUACCGAAAAUAAAGUCAUGGACAAACAUUACUUGAUGAAAUUGAGCAAACGUGAUAUCUUUAUGGUUUUGUCCACGCGGGUCAAUGUUUCGGUCUCUUUACAUCUAAGAUGCUAUAAACCUGAAGGCCAGCCGCAGUCGAAAUGUUCUGUGAACGUCUCCGCUCCGUAUCUUAGUUAAUUCGUCCAUCGAGAGAUUAUAGCACUAACUUAACGGACUUAAAGGAAUUUUCAUGUACUUAAUAUGUUAUAAGCUUUUAAUAUCUGUAGAGUCUUGCAUUUAUAAUGUAAUGUACAUGCUUGCUGUUAGCUUGAACCGUGCAGACUGUAGAGUUGAAAUGUUCAAAACAUUUUGACACAUAUUUUUAUGUAAAUGUCUUGUAAUAAGCGAACUGUAAUCAGCAAUCAUUCGACAUUACAUUGGUGUUUUCUGUACAUAUGUAAACUAGUUUUAGAGCUUUAACUGUUGUAGGUUUGUUUAUACGAUACUAUUUAUUUGCAUAAUUGAGAUUUAAAUCGAGUCCCAUUCGUUGUUAUUAUUUAUUUUGUAGAGAGGACGUAUGUUUAUCAGGCUAAAACGUACGCGAUAGAAACCAGGUAAAUUUAUAUAAGAAACAUGCGUAGUUUCAUGUCAUUAUUUCACAAUAUAUCCUACACAUACUGCUCUAGUAUGCUUUAAGUGUUUCAGGAGUUAUGAGCUUUCUUUUCCCGUCCCUAUUUGUACAUUGGUAUUUUUUUGUAAGAAAUUAUUUUCCAAUUUUGAAAUGACCUACAUUCCAUUCAUUUGUUUGAAAGUAAUUUCGGAUGUAUUAUUCUACGCGUGAACUGAGACAUCGUGGUGAUAAUAUUGUGUAACAAUCGACUUGCAUUUAUGGUUUACCUGUGGUACUCACGACAACUAAUCUGAUGCAUUCCAAUCAAAAUAUUUUUUGAAGAAUCUGUAUUGUUUCUCAGUAUCUCUUAGAUUUAUUAUUCAUUAAAAUAGUUAUUAUUAUUUAUUAAUCUGAAUGAUUAUUUCCACAUUUUAAUUUUAAACAGUAUUUUUAUAGUUGUUAAGACUGACACAAGAUUAUGUAUUGCAACACUAAGUAUUAAAAUGUUAUAUUUUAUUAAAACAAUGUGGUGGUAUUACUUAUAACUUAUUACAGCUAAUUUAUUAUUGCUAGUAUUUGUUGAUUGAAAUAGCUUCGAGAAUGUCACUUAUAAUAAGUAAUCCAGAUAUUAACCCACAGACAUUAUCUAAUGUAACCAAAUUUUUAUAUUUAAAAUGAUGUAAAAAUAAAGUUUUGUUAAACUUU